CGGAACGCUUGCAAGGCUGUAGGCUCCAUUAGUGACACAUCAUUUGACAUUCGGUUCAACCCAGAUAUUUUCUCACCAGGUGUUCGCUUUCCCGAGUCCAGCAAAGAGGAGGUGCAGGAUCAGAAGCAGCUGCUGAAGGAUGCUGCUGCCUUCUUGCUGUCGUGCCAGAUCCCAGGUUUGGUCAAAGACUGCCUGGAUCACACGGUGCUCCCGAUGGAUGGGGCUACCCUUGCAGAGGCCAUGCACCAGAGGGGCAUCAACAUGCGUUACCUGGGCAAGGUGAUCAACUUCAUCACCAAGACCCCCGGCCGUGCGCAGCUGGAUCACAUCUAUAAAAUAGGAAUCAGUGAAUUGAUCACUCGAUCGGCUAAACACAUCUUCAAGACAUACCUCCAGGGUGUGGAGCUGUCGGGGUUGUCAGCUGCCAUUAGCCACUUCCUCAACUGCUUUCUAAGCUCCUUUCCGAAUCCCAUCGCCCAUCUCCCAGCUGAUGAGCUGGUCUCCAAGAAAAAGAACAAGAAAAGGAAAAACAGGAACCUUGGGAAUGCUGAUAACACGGCCUGGGCCAGCAUGACCCCUCAGGAGCUUUGGAAGAACAUUUGUUCAGAAGCAAAGAACUACUUUGAUUUUAGUCUGGAAUGUGAGAAUGCUGACCAAGCAGCUGAAGUGUAUAAUCUACAGAAAAUCACCCUGCUUCGUGAAAUCUCCCUCAAAACUGGAGUCCAGGUNNNNCUGAAGGAGUACAACUUUGACAACAGGCACAAGCCCACCUUCACAGAAGAGGACAUUCUCAACAUCUUCCCUGUAGUGAAGCACGUAAACCCCAAAGCCUCAGAUGCUUUCCACUUCUUCCAGAGCGGGCAAGCAAAGGUUCAGCAAGGUUUCUUGAAGGAGGGCUGUGAGCUCAUCAAUGAAGCCUUAAACCUGUUCAACAAUGUGUAUGGUGCUAUGCAUGUAGAAAUCUGUGCCUGCCUGAGGCUGCUGGCUCGUCUCAACUAUAUCAUGGGAGAUUAUUCAGAGGCCUUAAGUAAUCAGCAGAAAGCGGUGCUAAUGAGCGAGAGGGUCCUGGGCAUCGAACACCCCAACACCAUUCAAGAAUACAUGCACCUUGCUCUGUACUGCUUUGCAAACAGCCAGCUCUCCACAGCACUGAACUUGCUGUACCGCGCGCGCUACCUCAUGCUGUUGGUAUUCGGGGAGGAUCACCCAGAAAUGGCACUCUUGGAUAACAACAUCGGGCUGGUGCUCCACGGGGUCAUGGAGUACGACCUAUCCCUCCGGUUCCUGGAGAACGCGCUGGCCAUCAGCUCCAAGUACCACGGCUCCAAGUCUUUGAAAGUUGCACUGAGCCACCACUUGGUAGCCCGAGUGUACGAGAGCAAAGCAGAGUUCCGGUCAGCCCUGCAGCACGAGAAGGAAGGCUACACCAUCUACAAAAACCAGCUUGGAGAACACCAUGAAAAGACCAAAGAGAGCUCCGAGUACUUGAAAUACCUGACUCAGCAAGCAGUCGCUCUUCAACGCACAAUGAACGAGAUCUACAAGAACGGCUCCAAUGCCAACAUCAUGCCUCUUAAGUUCACAGCUCCCAGCAUGGCCAGUGUCCUGGAGCAGCUCAACAUUAUCAAUGGAAUUCUCUUCAUUCCACUAAGCCAAAAAGACUUGGAGAACCUUAAAGCAGAGGUGCAGCGGCGCCAGCAGCUCCAGGAAAGCAUAAAAAGUGGUGAGCAGCUGGACCCAGAGGAUAAAGCUGUGGAGGAGAAGGAGGCUGAGCCACGCAUGCCUUCCGCUGCCAUCCCCCUAACACAGAGCUCUGCUUAAUGCGUACCUCGCUUUAAAACAAGUUUAAACCACCCUUUUCUGAGGCUGCGCCAGGCCCUGGGCCGCCCCCGGAGCAGCUCCUCCUUUUU